AGGAGGAAUACCCGGAACCCAAAUCCGCAUUUCAUUCCCGCUAAAUCUGGACCCUCCAAAUCCGGUUUGAUCUGUAGCCACGAAAAAAUAUAUAUACUCCUCUGCUGCGGAGGUCGAAGACCAGAAAAAAGAAAAGCCCGCAUCGCAGAAGGAGAGAUUAGAGGAGGAGAAGCGAGGCAAAGAUUCGGGUCGGAUCCGGCGGCGCUCGUCGGGUUUGGUCCGUCUUUCGACGUAAGGCCGUCUCUCUCUCUCUCUCUCUCUCUCUCUUGCUCUUUCGCCGUGCGUGGAGAGAGAGAUGGCGAGCGGGGUGAAGGCUUCGUGCACCUUGGUGGCGUCCGUGCUGGCGGCGUCGACGACGGCGGCGUUCACCUCCGCCCCCGCAGAUCGGAGCUCCUCCUUCUGUUCCCGUCCGAAUGGGGGAUGCUCUUCGUAUUCUUCGAACGAGAGGAAGCUGGUGGUGGGAUCGAGCUCGCUUUCUUCGGAGGAGGACAAAUUGUUCGCGCCGAGAUUCGACGGCUUGCGGUUCAUCGAGACUCUGGUGACUGCACACAGAUAGAAACAAACCCCCCCUCAGAUUCUGUCGUAUUCUUCCCAUUUUCGAACGACGUUGAGUUAUUGUGAGGAAAAACAUUGUUCGUGAGACGUGAUUCCAAGGAGAGCCCCCUGUCAAUUUGGGUCAUUUUCUUACCCCUCGGCUUUUGAAUUUCGUUUGACGGUGAAAUGUCAGCUUCUAGAGAACGUGAAAUCUCACAGUUUUUGUUUUAUUUUUCCUGGUCAUUUGUCUCUCUAAUCAUUGUCGCCUCGCUGAUUGGCGGGGUGGCGUCGGUGUUGCGUCUUGUCAACGUUGACGGUUCUUCGUUUUCUCUAUUUGUGAACGGGCGUUGAGAUUCUGCUUCACGUUUUCUUGGGUUGGUUGUGGAGUUGAUGUUUGGAAAUUCGGUUGCUUCACGGAAAGGUCUGGUUGCUGGGAAAACGUCGGCCACACAAAAGAUUUUGACCGUUGGGUGGGAUGGGCUGGAGAUGCGAAUGAAUCUGACUCUGAUUCUUGCAGAACUGAUUUGCAGGCUGUUUUCCAGGAAGAGGGCAGGGCACGGUCUUGAUUGUCAGAAGGUGUGUUGUAGUCUGAAUCGAACCCGAACUCAGAACUCAAAGUUUUGAGCUUUUAAGCUGGACAUUGGAUUGUAUAGCUCGAUACGGUUAUGGUACUUUGUGAAAAAACCGACGGCUUGAUGGGGUUCGAUUAGUUGUUUCGUGCUUGAGAAAGAAUGAAUCGAGCUCAAGUAAUCGUUGGGUUCGAGCAGCCCGUCAGGAGAUCGAUUCAUUCGCAUUCGAACUCCCGGUGUUUUCGGCGCUGGAUCAAUUGGUUUUGGUGGUGCUUGAUGGGGUAAAAUUGAAAGUAAAAGAUGAAAAGGGUAGGCUAUGUUAAGAUGAUAUCUGAAGGCCUUUUUUAUGUUUGUUGAUCGUUGAUAUGAAAUGGGGGUUCUUAUUUUA